GACAGGAAGAAGCAUGCGUUUGGGCGCAAAGGGCUGGGUGCUGGUGGCCCGAACGGUGAGAGGCUGGGGGUGCAGGCCGGUUCGGCUCUGUCACCGUGGCAACAGCCAGGAAUUCCGCGGGGACCAGCGCGAUAAGAGCGCCGAGGCUGUCGCCGCGUUCCGCCGGCAGCAGGAGCAGCAAUGGAAGCACAGCAACAGGACGGUGCUCACCUAUCUGGCGGCCGGGGUCGUGGGCAUGGCAGGCUUAUCCUACGCAGCCGUGCCGCUCUAUCGCCUUUAUUGCCAGGCUACUGGGCUUAGUGGGUCAACUUCAGUAGGUCAUAGUUCAGACCAGAUUGAGACUAUGGAGCCUGUAAAAGACCGCAUCAUUAAAGUCACCUUCAAUUCAGAUGUACAUUCAAGUCUUCAGUGGAACUUCAAGCCUCAGCAGACUGAAGUUUAUGUGGUUCCAGGAGAAACUGCACUGGCCUUUUAUAAAGCAAAGAAUCCCACUGAUAGACCAAUAAUUGGAAUAUCUACCUAUAAUGUACUACCACCUGAGGCUGGACAAUAUUUCAAUAAGAUACAGUGUUUUUGUUUUGAAGAACAAAGACUCAAUCCUCGUGAGGAAGUGGACAUGCCAGUAUUUUUCUUCAUUGAUCCUGAAUUUGUAGAAGACCCAAGGAUGGAGAAAGUUAAUUUGAUUACUCUUUCUUACACGUUUUUUGAAGCCAAAACAGGAUAUACACCACCCCUUCCAGGUUAUAAUUAACAAUGCAACAUCUAGACUCGACAUUGGAGUUUUGUCUUCAAUUCUCUAUUGAUAAUCCACUGACAUUGCAAAAAUAAUUUCUUUAACCCAGGAAGACGAUGCUGAAUAUUUCAGGCAUUAUGUUUUAUUUUCUGAAUAUGCACUGAUGUAUCUUCUCUUUGGAGAUGUGAUUAAUCUUCAUUUUAAAACCAAAUUAAGAAUACAAGGAAAUGAUAUACAAAAAUAAUUCAUUUUGUUCAUUUCUCUCUUUCAUUUACAGGAAGAUGUAUGCAAUUACCAAUUUAUGACUGUCAUUUUAUAAAGUUUUUUUAAAAUUUCAAUUCCACAGAGUAAUGUAAAAUGUUAUUUAAUAGAUUAGUGUGUCAAAGGGUAAAAUAGUAAAUAGUUUAUUUUUGGAGAUUUGAUGUCUGCCUAAUGAAGUAUUAAAUAAUCAGUAAAAUAACAAAUAUUGC